CCUGGGCGCUUCCGCCUUACCCCAUUCCGGCGUUCCCCAACACGCCACAACGGCCACCAAAUCACCAGCACGCAUGGCCCCGGCCGCCACCAGCUCCUGGGCGGCGUUCCUCCUCUGGUUCUGUGUGGCCGCGACCGCCGCCUGGGCCCAUGGCGGCGGCGGCGACGACGGCGACGCGGACGGUGGCGGGGGCGGGGAUAAGGCGGACCUGCGGGCGCCGGGGCUGGUGGCGACGAAGCUGUGGUGCCUGGCGGUCGUGUUCCUGGGGACGCUGGCGGGCGGCGUGUCCCCUUACUUCAUGCGGUGGAACGAGGCGUUCCUGGCGCUGGGCACGCAGUUCGCGGGCGGGGUCUUCCUGGGCACCGCCAUGAUGCACUUCCUCAGCGACGCAAACGAGACCUUCGGGGACCUCGUCAAGGACAGCGCCUACCCGUUCGCAUUCAUGCUCGCCUGCGCCGGCUACGUCGUCACCAUGCUCGCCGAAUGCGUCAUCUCAUCCGUCGUCGCGCGCGGACGGACCACACCUGAUGGAGCCGCCGCAGGGUCGACAAGUGCAGGGGUGCUGGAGGAGGGCAAGCUGGGCACUACAAAUGGCAACAGCUCUGAACCACAAGCAGCUGACGCGCACGGUUCGUCGACUGAUCACUCGGUGCCAUCUAUGCUGGGCAACGCGAGCACCCUCGGCGACAGUAUACUCCUAAUCGCCGCGCUCUGCUUCCACUCCGUCUUUGAAGGCAUAGCCAUCGGAGUCGCCGAGACCAAGGCCGAUGCAUGGAAGGCUCUGUGGACCAUCAGCCUACACAAGAUCUUUGCGGCGAUCGCCAUGGGCAUCGCGCUGCUCCGGAUGCUCCCCAAUCGGCCCCUCCUCUCGUGCUUCGCCUACGCCUUUGCCUUCGCCAUCUCCAGCCCUAUCGGGGUCGGCAUUGGCAUUGUCAUCGACGCGACCACACAGGGUCGGGUUGCCGACUGGAUCUUCGCCAUCUCCAUGGGCCUCGCUACCGGAAUCUUCAUCUAUGUCUCCAUCAACCACCUCAUCUCCAAGGGGUACAAGCCCCAGAGGCCCGUCGCCGCUGACACGCCUGUUGGUCGGUGGCUCACCGUUGUACUCGGUGUGGGUGUCAUUGCUGUUGUCAUGAUAUGGGACACCUAAUGGUGAGAAUUAACUCCUACAUGGGAUUCCCAAUUUCGGACGUUGGUUCUUAGAGGCACCGCAGGAUUCAGGAUACAUUAAUGUGGAUUUAUGCAUCCUGCAUAUGUCUUAUGUGCUCGAAAGGAAGUCGUCACGAGUUGGUUCCAGAUUUUCAAGAUGUGUAUUGGAAUUUUCCAUUGACUGUGGAACUCAAAAAUCGCUCUAAUACUAGUAAAAUGCCGCGAUGCAAUGGAGGAGCAAA